AUGAUAUAUCACCAAUCCUCUCAACUUUAGAAAAAGUGCAUAAAUGUGGUGUUUUGCAUCGAGAUAUACAAAAAUACAACAUUUUGCAAAGUCUAGAAUCAGGUUGUCCGGUCCUUAUAGAUUGGGGAUUUUCUAUAACAAAUAAAGAAAAGGUAGAAUUCUCAGAUAAAGUAUUGGAAAAGAUUAAGAUUGGUAAGGCAUUUGAGUAUAAACCAGAAUAUGAUUUGAUUAGCUUUAUUC